UGUUUGCUGAAGUUGUGUCUGUGCAGGGCACUAAAAGUGUGUGCGUGUGUUUGCGUGUGCGUGUGCGUGUGUGUGUGUGAACACGCUCAUGCCUGCAUUCAAGUGUUGUUUCAGGCUGCAGAAAGCAAGUGAGCAUUUGGAACAAUGUUUGCAUGAUUCUGUGCUCAAUGCAACAAAGGACGAGAGAAUGAAAGAGGAAACAUACCAGCAAAGCAAGUGUGUGAUAGUGACGAGCUGAAACAGGAAAUUCAAGACUCCAUUCAGAAAACAAAGGAGAGGUGGAGGACAGCAGUCAGUCUAACCUUGUCUCAGACUGAGGUCCAUUUCUAAAUGAGAACAACAGAAAUGUAUUGACAACUUCACAACAUGACUGAUGGGGUGAAACAGAUCUUCAGCCAGCUGCAAUUUGGGAGCCAAACAGUUGAAGCAGAACCAUCCCAACCAGGCCAGGCUUCAAACUUGAGCCAGGUUCAAAGAGAAGUGGCCUCAAAGGUUGUGCCAAGUACACCUGACAAUGACAUGGAAAUCAAACACAUCUUCAGCUCAAACAGCAAGACUUCUAGACAUCAUGCUUCCACAGAGUCCACGAUGCACAGUUUAGAUGCUCUCAAUACUGAACAAGCUUGUAAAUCAGUCCAACAACAGGCUGAAAUCUGUGUAAAGUAUACUUCAGAUCGUUUCAUGCAAAUAGCCAAUGAAGACGCCUUUCAUCCCAUACGAUUCCCGUGUCCUGAUAUUUCCCAAUCUAAAACCACAAAGCAAUCACAAGCGUUAAGAGAGAGAAAUAUGUUGCAGUCUUUUGGGCCAAGCGAUGAGAUCAGCACCAUUUAUAAUCCUCUGAGAAAUGAACAUGCAAUUAUUUUUUCAACUCAAUGUCCAUCUUCAGAGAUGUGUAAUGAGGCAAGACGGGACUGUGGGCAUCCAGCAAAAUAUCCAGAAACUUUGAAGUUAAUAACUGAUGAAGAGAAACCCCAUAAGGAUAUUAGAGGUACCCCAACGACUAUGUUUACAACUGUGAUGGACAUGCAGAAUAUUGAAGAAGCUGGAGACAGUGGUUCAGAUGCAGCUCUGUGUUGUAAGGGAGCAGAGAGCAAGAAUGACAAAAUGGUCACAAGUCUCCAGAGAAAACAUGAAAUGUCAACAUCAGAGCAGCCUGAAUCAGAUGUGUCUCGUGUGUCCAGUUCAGAUCCACAAUCCUCAACAAGAUGUGGAAACACUAAAAUGUGUCAAUCCAAAUCUACAAGUGGCAAAUCACAAUUCUCAACAUACCAAGAAGUCUGGAAACAAAUGCCAGAGUCAAGUGGACUCACUCAAUUGAAUCUUGCCGAUUCAGAUGCAAAAGACACAUUUCCGCAUGCCAAAAGCGGAGAGAUUACAGAUAACAGUCACCCUGAGGAACAAACAACCCGAUAUAAAUAUUUGAUCCCCCAAAGAUGUUGCGAUUCUUCAAUGGCUGAAGUGGAAAGUGAGUUCCUGUUAUCUUUGGAGGCCAGAGAGAUGGCAGAAGUCGGAACAGAGAUGUCUUCCAUUAUGAAUUUGGAAGAGCUGGCGUCCGACCAGGAGAAGACUUGUGAAUCACCUGGACAGCCCUCAUGCAAACACAGCUCCACCAUGCAGGAACUUUUGUCUGAGAUCCAGGGCACGGUAGAAAGAAACAGCAUUAUAAAUCGGACAACGCGCAUGGAUUUAAACUGGUACCUUCAAUCUUCUCCGAGUGAAGCAGAGAUCAGACUGGUCAGAGCAGUCCAAAAUGUGCUAGUAUGUCGAUAUCUGCCAGCACAGCUGAAUGUCGCUGCCAUGGCCAAACAACUAGAGAAGGCAGAGGAUUAUAAGAUUUGUGUGCUGGACCAGGUUGCUAUGAUGAAAAGUACCAGUUCAUUUCAACUUUGUGGUCCAAAUGUCUUGAAAAGUCUGGAAGCCCAGUGGAGUACAGCGCUGCUGGAUGCCUCAGCCACAGUACAAGUCAAAACGGCACAGUUGGGUGAAGUCAAACAGUAUCACAAACAGCUGGAUGAAAUCAAAGCUUUCCUGGAUGUGGUACAUGCUGAGAAGAAAAAAUUGAACUUACUUGCCUUGGGAAGCAGUGCUCUACAAGCUGAAAAACUCCACUCCCUGCUGCAAACCUUAAAACAAAGCGAGGAAAUGUGGCAAGAGCUCCUCGUAUUGAGUAGCCAGUUGGCUGUCCACUUGAGUGAUGCAGAGAGCUCAGGUGCUCUUCUCGCUCAGCUUGGAGAUGUCCAAGAUGAGUGGAGACUUUUGAGUGGAAGUAUCAAAAGAGCCUUGUGGCAGGCUGCUAACUCUUCCUGUCAAUCAUCUGUCAUUAUGAAAGAUGCAAGACAGCUUAAAGAGAAGAUUGAAGCUAUCCAGGAAUCCAUGAAGUCCCAUGGGAUAUGUCAUGACACCAAAAGCACUUUAGAACUGUUUUGUUUGAGCGAAGACUUAAAAAUGUGUAACCAGCUGCAUGUGAAUCUACAGUCUUUCUCAGAUGCUCUUUUUCAGUUUUCUAUAGAUCAGAAAGAGAAGGACAGCAUUAAACAUGACCUUGCAGAAUUGGGGACCUUACUGGGAACUACCAAAAACAAAGCUGACACCUCCCUAUGUGGCGCUGAUGUUAAUAAGCGGUUCCAAGAAUGGAUCACAUGGGCAAAACAUAUGGAAUACCAAAUUACCAUCGGCAAAAAGUUGUCUCUCUUUCCAGAAGAAGCUCGUAUUCAGAUUGUUGAGAUGAGGAAAUUUCAGACAGAUAUCAUGAUCAGAAAGUCAAAGAUGAAACUAGAAGAAAUGAGAGGGGAAACGCCUGACAUGGACAAUGAGGAAUAUGGCCAAGGGUUGAAAGUAGUAGAACACCUGUAUGGAACUAUCACUGAAAGCUUAGAUAAUGUUCUUGACACAAUGAAGAAGAAUCUACAUGAGCGGGAGAAACUGUUAGACCACCUUGAUAGCAUUGAUACAUGGCUAGUAGAAACGAAAGGAAACAGAGACAGCUGUGCUUAUGUUGAGAAUGUUUCAAGAGUUGACAUCAGCUCACUUGAGAGCAAGCUAAAACGUCACCAAGACGUUGCUGAUGAUAUAGAAAGACAUCUAAGUCUGGUAGAUGCUUUGGAAACAAGGUCCAAGGAAGUAGCAGAAGACCUGAGCCCUGGAGAAAGCCGUUACCUUGUUAACAGGCUCUCGGGCAUAUGGACAGAAUUUGAUGGGUUGCGGGCACAAGAGAGUUCAACCAGCUGGCAUUUGGAGGAGCUGAUUCACGAACGUACCUCUUCUGGUGAGGAGCUGUCUACCAUCGAGGAUAGUCUAAAGAACAUAUCCUCUUCUUUGGAUCAACAUCAUUUCCCAAUGACGCAGGAAACAAUUUUAACAAUUGCACUUCUGAAGCACAUGCUAAUGGAACAUCAGUGUCAAGUACAAGAGAUUCAACACUGCCAGGAGGUAGAACGGAGCUCUCUGCUGUGCACCAUAGGGGAACUGCAAGACAGGUGCAAAGUUCUUAGUUUUCAAGCUUUUGAGCAAGACAAAUAUCUGCAACUAAAGAAGCAAAUGGAGGAUUCAAGGGACAUUUCUGAAGAGAAAAUACAGCAGGCUAAAGAUGGAACAUUAAGUUUGGGUGAGAGAUUCAAACUUUGCCAGGCACUCUUAGUUGACCUCCCGAUGAUGAAGACACAGUGUCAAGAAGCGGCGGACCAACUGGAGGUGAUUGCUCAAGAGCUGAAACCAACAGAAAUGAACUUAGAGAGGCAGAGCAUUCGCUGCACCGUGGAGAUGUUUGUUUCUUGGGAGCACACGGCCUCAAAUGAGAUUAAACAUUUAGAGGGCACGCUUCUCCUGGGACUGCGCUUUUCCUCUGAGCUUCCUGCCUUGAUGGAGUUCUUCCAAAGAACAGCACAAGAGCUACAGGGUAUGGAACCGGUCAGUCCAGAUGAAAGAGCCCUAGAUUUUGCUCUGCAAAGGCGUUGGGUGAUAUGGAGAAACAUGGAAUCUGGGAUGCGAGUGUUGCACGCACUGGCUUGGAAGGGGAAAAUUAACUUAAAGAGCCACAGUGAUCUGCAUUUACUUAGAGAUGCUGCCAUGCAGGAAUGCCAUUUACAGAUGGAAUGUUUAUCCAAGACUCGAGAAUCCCUGAAAGAUUACCAAUGGGCUGCUCAAGGAGCUAUUUACUUCCUUCAUAAUGCUGAAAUGACAUUUUUAUCAGCUCCUGGUGGGUUUCUUGACUGUACGGAGGAACAAACACAGACCCAACAGGCCCUCGAGGCUCUCAAAGAAGGAUUUGUUGCCCAUAUCAAGCACCUUGUUGAACUGGUGCCCCAACAAGUCUGCCUCUCCUGCUCAAAGACUCAAGAUCUACACAUUGGCAUCCUCAGCCAGUUGUUAGUGGGAAGAGCCAUACUAGAGGUUCAGGCUCAACUCAGACUGGAGUCCUUGCAGAGAUGUGCACUUCGGCAACAAAGCCACAGGGUUUGUCACGAAGACAUACAACAGCAUCUUACUGAAUUUGAAGCAAAGCUUUCAGCAUGUGAAGCAGAAGAAGUGACAUCAUAUGAUAAAUGUGUUUUGCAACACAAACGAUCUAAGGGCUUGAUGGAGGGUGUCUGUGACCUUGCUAGGAAAACUGAAGAACUCAGAGCAAGAUGCCCCAUGCAGGGAUGUGGCGUUGGAAAGGACGGUGAGCUUAGCGCUCUCUGGAGGCGCUGGGUAUCGCUGCGGCGAGGUGUUGCUCUGCUGAUGACACAAGCAGAUCAGAGAGUAGAGGAAUGGAAGGACAUUACAACUACUGUGGAGCAGUGCUGCAACUCAUUGUCUAGACUUCAGGCCAAAGUUCCUGAUUCCUCCACUGCAAACUUCACACAAGGUGAGCUCCAGAAGCUUCUGGCCCAGGCAGAGAUGCAGCAGGUCGGUCUGGAACACGAGCAACAGACUUUAGCCUCCCUGGAACACCGACUGGAGCAUGCCUUGCGCUUGACUACUUCCAAAGAUCCGAGCAGUCUGCCAGGACCUUUUGGCGUAAUGCUUGUGAAGAUUCAAGAAAAUAUCAAACGUUUGAAGGAAAGAAAUCUUCAUGUGAUAGCUGUUGCCCAGAUAGAGGAGAGGGAAAGACAGGAGUUUGAAGAGAGGAUAGGAGAGGUGGAGAAGAGCAUAUUCACUAUUCUUCCCAUGCUGGAUAACAACAUGAGUCCCGCGCAACAUCAGGAGCUCACACAGGAUCUAUCUAAUCAGAGAGUUAAGCUAAAGUGUAUCCUGGACAUUGUGUUGGCGCAAUAUGCUGAGAUUCCAGAUGAUAUUGGCAAGCGAAUGCAAACUCUUCAAGAGUCUGUGGAGGAAGCUGAAAAGAAGGUAAUAGAGCAGAGUGUGACAGUCCGGAAACUUGCUUGUCAAGUGACAGAGUUGAUUUCUGGCCUGGAGCAAGUAAAAAUAUCUCUGGAGCAAAAGAGCGCCACGGUCACAGAGGCACAACAUGCUCUCAAGCAUGUGUGGGACAAGUUGGACUCAUGUCACAGUCGCUUGAUGCUUCUGGAGAGUGAGGUGCAGGAUCUUGUAGAGGAACAAUCAGAUAGAGCUCACCUAUUCAUGGACCAACUGACACGUCCACUGCAGCUUUACCAAGAUGCAGUGCAGAUGGCCGAGCACCGCACUGCUUUUCUGAGCAAGAUCCCUGCCUCGCUUCAAGAGUUUGAAGACCUGCUGUGGAGCGCCACCUGUUGGUUUGAUGAAGCCACAGCAUGGCUGAAUACUCCCUGCUCUUUCCCCACAUCCAAAGGCCUCCAGAAUCAUGCGAAGUCCCUGAAGCUGGUCCUGGAUGACUCGGCGAGAAUAACGACCAUGCUGAAAGAUUUCAGACCGGUGUUAGCUGAAAUUUCGGCUGUGUGUGAUGUCGGUGCACAGGAGGAGAGGAUGGACAGCACAGACCAAAAGGUUGAAAAGAUGCAAAAGAACAUUCUGGAGCCGAUGGAGCAGCUCAAUCAGGCUGUUGAGCUAGUGGAGGCCUUGGAAGAUGAGCUAAGGACAUUUGAGGAGAAUGUCCCAAAAAUCAGAACUAUUUUAUCCUCUAUAGACAACUCCAGCAUCACAGUGAAAGAGCAUCUUCAAAACCAACAGGUGAUCUUGGACAAUGUCCACUCAAUGCAGAAGACAUUAGAGGAAAUGGAGCGCUACAAAGGAGAUUUACCCCUCCCACAGGAAGCAACUGAGAGUCUAGUGGUGUUCUCUGGAAUAAAAGUUCUCCUGCAGGUGCUGAAAGACUUGAAACAUCUCACCCAGGAACAAGCCAUUCUUCUGGAGGAUAGGCAUGCCAAACCCUGUGCAGAAGUAUCACACUUGGAUGGAGCUAAGCAAACAUUCUCAGUCCAGGAUGCUUUUGAGGAGUCUAAUUCAGAAGACGAUCUAGACGAAGACGAGAGCUGUCACUCGUCGUCCUCUGACACACUAACAUGCAGUAUUCCUGAGGACCCAGAGGAGACACUGUGUGCUUCAGAAGUGAAAAGAAAUGAAAUGACUGAUAUGGAGGCACUGUCUGACGCUAAGGCCUUGGCGAAUGUGUGUGGCCAAUUUUCUGAACCAGAUUCUGAGGUGGAGGCAAUGUCAAAUAGUAAUGAAUCCUCUGUGCUUCAUACCAAGAUGUUGGAGCAAGAAAAUGCUCAAAGUGGAUUAAUAACACCAGAAACCAGACUGGACACUGAAGCUGACAGUGGUGAAGUACUUGGAGUCAAAAUUGUGACACCUGAGUCUCUAAUCACUUCCACCAUUUCUGCCAAUGAAGACCACUCUACUGCUGUGGUGACAGAAGACGAUUCUACACUUCCAGAUUUUGACAUAUUUGUCCCCACCACCAAUGUACUGUCCAAUCAGGCUGCAGUGCAACACAUUAGCCCUGUUUCUCUGUUUUCAGCCACAAGGAAAUCCACGGCUACACAUCCAAAUCGAUUAAAGGAGCGCAGUGAACUCACAAUCAGUGCUUGUCAAGUGGAAGUAGAUCAACAUGACUACAAGCCUUCAGCGGCGUCUAUCAUAUUGGCCGGGCCCAGCAAAGAUGACACAGAGCAGCAACAGUGGAGCCUGCUUAACAUCCAAGUCUCUCAGAAACUGGAAACCCUACAAAACCUUAAGGAGGAUCACAAGAAUCUGAUUAACUAUAGAAAUUUUACAAUGGUUCCAGAAGGAGAACUGCUGUCUCCUGGGUCAGCUUCAGCUGUUCUCCAGCAUGCAAAUGAGUCCAUUGCCGUGCUGAGAAAAAUAGUGAGCUCUGCAGAUGCUCCAGGCGUUAAGGAUCACUUAUACUUGGCUACACGGCGAGUUCUUCAAUGCCUGGAUGCUUUGACAGACCUUUUGUUAACUCCUGGAGGUGUUGGGGAUCAAGAGACCCAACUAAGGAUAUUGCAGCAUGAAUGCGUAUCAAACGAGCUGAUGAGUCUGGCUGGCCUGCUGAAUGAGGUGGCGUCAAAGAUCAGUCCUGUACUUCAGAGUGAUGGACCAGAUGCUCUGAGCUGUUUAACAUCCCUGCAGAAAUGUCUGAAAAAUGUCCCGUUAGUCAUCACCUCUUUCAACGAUCUCUCCUUGGACUCUCUGGUUUUUAAAAGCCAACAUCAGUUGUGUUUUAUGGAGGAGAUUCAGCUGGGGCAUCAUGAAAUAUUCCCAAGUCAAAAAGAAAUUGCCAUUCUGGAGCAGUGUGCACUGGGCAGACAUGGGCGAGAGAGUUCAGAAGAAAAGACCAUGAUACAGAAAGUUUCCCAGUCCUUACUUCAUGGGAUAAGUAGCCUACUGGAUCUUGGUGAAGGAUGCAUAGCUGAGGAGCAGUUGAGACCUGUUCAAAAUAUUAGUCAACUACACAUUUGUCUCCAUAAAAAUAAGAAGUUCCAGCAGGUUCUUGGAGCUCAGUUGACUUUUAUGCAACAUCUAUCCAAUCGAAAUGCGGAAGUACUACGGGGGAAAGAGGAUGAGCAAGCACAGCUAGCAGUUCGGGGCAAAGCUUUGCUCCAGCAGGCGCUACAACAGGAAGUGGCAUCUCAAUUGAGGCUCCAGGAGUGGAUCCGCUGGGAGGAUAAUUGCGGUCGUCUGGGGAGACUGCUAGACAAGCUUGACGUCUGCAUCAGCAGUGCAGAAGCAGAGGGAACGGAUGAUGAGGAGUCCCAUAUCAAACACCGUCUACAUGCCUGUCAGCAAACCUUGGUCCAAUUGGAAGCGAACACAGCUGCUCUGGGACUUCUCCUGGAUCAGAGAUGUGAGCUGCAGACAGAUCCUUCGUUUGCGCCCUCGAUCAGCCAUGCAGGUGGUGCUCUGGAGCUGCGAUGGCGAAGCAUCUGCAGCCGCACGGAACAGGAGGUUCGGCGCUGCAGUGACAUCUGGGACAGCUGGGUCAGAUUUCAGACAGACUUUGGCUCUGUCAGUAAAUGGCUCCUUGAUGCCAACAAAGAACUGACGAUUUGGUCGGAACUCACUGAUACCUCUAAUGUGAGCCAGGAGAGUGUUUACAGGGUUCUGAUUCAGCUGCUGGACUUCUCUAUAGAGAUGGAAACCAUGUCUGCUCACAAGCAAUCUGCCACCAGAGAAGCCACUCGACUGCUCCGUCUGAGGGAAACGGAAUGUCCUGGCCUGAGAGGGCGCCUCACAAAGAUGGAGAUCACCUGGUGCAAGCUCACCUCUGACCUGAGAAAAAUACAGGGCCAGCUGCAACAGAAGCUGCUCCUGAUGUGGCCACCGAUGAAGCUGCUGUCUGACUUGGAGGACUGGCUCAAGAAGCUGGACGUCCAACUGGAGAAGGAGAGAGAGAAAGUCCACAAGGCCACAGACGCUGCUCACAUCAGGAGGACGCUGCAGCGCUACCAGGCAUUAAAGAUGUCUUUGCUCAAUGGGCAGCCUCUUCUGGAAUUCCUCUCCCAAACUUGUCCUCAGGUGAUGGGAGUUGAUGUCCAGGCUCUUUGUGAACAAACAAUCUACGGGGAGCAACUCGGUGACCUCAGACAGCGGUGGCUUCACCUGCAGGGGGCGUUGGACAACCAGAUUCACAGAGAUCAAGAGCUCCAUUACACUUGUACUGCCAGAGAAAGACAGUUGCAGCAUUUCCGUCGCUCAGUUGAACAGCAGAAAAAGCAUCUGAAUCAUUGCAAACAUCCUGUUAGUCAAGCACAGACUCAAAAGGUUCUGCAGGAGUCGGAGGCUGUUGUUGGAAGAAUAAAGGAAGUGGUUGCAGCUUUGCAGGGGGUGAAAAACACGCGUGUGCUUGUCGAAAAGGAACAUCCGUGUGAUGUCGCUUUUUGUAACCAGGCUGAGACUGUCAGUCUUGCUUGUGAGGAUCUCAGUCAGCAGAUUCAAGCUUUGACACCAGCUUUACAGAAAAUCGUCAAGGAAUGGGUCUGUCUGGACAGAAAUCUGCGUGAGGUUUCUCUGCACACCAGCAGGGUGCACUGUACCAUGCAGCUUUACAGAGCGCCUUUGCUUUCACUGAAGCAGACACAAGGUUAUCUGGAGCUUCUGCAGCAACUCCAGGAGAUGGGCGUACAAGGGAAGACGCUUUGGGCAGACAUCAACAAAUCCCUUCAGAUUCUUUUGAAGACUCUUGAUGGUGCAACAACUCAGUUACUGAAUGAUCAAAUAGAACAAGAAAGAAAGCGGUGGGAGGACAUGUUGGAAAAGUUGAAGGAGGAACACCAGAAGACUGACGAGACUCUAACCCUCUGGCAGCAGUAUAAUCACGCCUUUGAUAACGCCUCCCGUCAGCUGGAACACCUUCGGUGUCAGUUCUCCUCCGUUUCACCCCAACAGGAAUCACAGAAAUUGCAGAAUUUUGCUAUGGACCUUCAAAACAGCGUUGUAGACAUGCUGGCCUUGUCAAAGCCUCUCGUUGGAUGUCUCAAACCGCCGGUCCAAAAUUUGGUCCAAUCAGAGAGCAUGGGGCUGUCACUUGAGGUCCUUCUGCUGAACCAGGGGAUGUCCGACACAAAGAAAAAUCGCCAGGAAGAUUUAGACAACCACAAACUAUUUCACACGCAGCUGGAAGCCCUUGAGCAGCAGACACAAAACAUACUGCAUGGAGAGAAAUCUAACAUGAAUGAAAAAGACAUUGUGAAGCAGGAGCUAUUGAAACUUAUUGAAUUGCUUCCAUCACUGGUUGAUGUCAGUGAGAUGAGCAGCUACAUGACUCUCAACAAGCUGGAGAAAGACACACUGCACAUGCACAGCAAAAAAUGGAACCACGGAGUGAAUCACAUGUCUUCUUUGUACAGAAUUUUGCAACGUGAACAUCAGCAGUCCCAAGACUUUCAUCAGAAGUGUCAAGAGCUAAUAUUUAUCCUGGAGGAGCUGGAGUCAGAACUUCCAAGAGGCUUCAACCUCCAAGAGAUACUUGCUGUCCAUCAGAGGCGUCAGAUCGAAAUGAUUACUGGACAAGAGAUUCUCCAAAGUCUACUUUGUAAUGCAGUAAAAUCCAUGGAAAAGCAAACAUGGGAGAAAAAAUCUGAGUUCCUGACACAAGUGGUCCAUCUGCGCGAGAGGUGGUUCAGGUGUUUGUUGCUGGCUGGCCAGCAUCAGGCCAUGACUAGAGAACAAAUAUACCAGUGGAGGAUCUAUAAAGGUGGCAUGAAGCUUCUGAGGAAGACACUGAGAACUGUUGAAACCCUGUUGUCCUCUGCUUGCUCUUCAAUCACUUUAUUCCCUGUCACAUCACAACAGCUUUCAGAUCACUGCCAGUGUCUUGAAAAAGCUCUGGAGCUCCACUCCUCCAUGCUCACAGAGACUUUGGGGGCUGGCAGACAUUUGUGUGAGACCAUGUCAGACUCAGACAGUCGGAGUCAACUGGAGUCGGAUAUCCAGGCCAUAGAAGGGGCAUGGAAACACACUAACUCACUGGUGCUAAAAAGGAGAGCCCUGAUCAGCACCACCGUUCAGAACUGGUCACAAUGUCAGGAUGAGAUAAACACCAUAACGUGUGAACUGGAUGAGCUGAGGACCCAGAUGAAGAGGAAGCUGCCCGUGACAAUGGAGGAGUCUGAGGAAGAGGAGCUCCUUCAGAAGACGGACCUCUCCCUGCGCCAUCUAGCCGGUGGACUGAAGGACCUGGCCUCCAAGAAGACUGACCUGUGCCAGUACGUGGCGGUGGCUGAUUCUGCUCUGCUGGAGCAGCAGCUGGAACAACUUCACAUCCAGUGGGAAGAACUAUGCACCAAGGUGUCCUUGCGCAGGCAGGAAAUUGCCGACCGCCUUAACGCCUGGACUAUAUUUAAUGACAAAAACAAAGAGUUCUGCGACUGGCUCACCCAGAUUGAGAACAAGGUGUGCCACAGCGCAGAUCUCAGCAUUGAAGAAAUGGUGGAGAAACUGAAAAAGGAUUGCAUGGAGGAAAUCAAUUUGUUCAGUGAGAAUAAAAGCCACUUGAAGCACCUGGGAGAGCAGCUGCUGUUAGCCAGUGACGAGGCCAAGCAGACCCAAGUGCGCGGGUCCCUGCAAGAGGUUAACCAGAGAUGGCACAACCUCUUCAGUCACAUCGAGGCCAGAGUAACGAAGUUGAAGGAGACUUUGUUGAGAGUGCAGCAGCUGGACAAAAACAUGAGUAACCUCCGAUCUUGGCUUUCACGCGUGGAGGCCGAACUGUCCAGACCCAUCACCUACAGUGUGUGUCAUCACCAGGAGAUCCAGAGGAGGCUAGCUGAGCAGCAGGAGCUGCAGCGGGACAUCGAGCAGCAUACAGAAGGCGUAACGUCUGUCCUGAACCUGUGCGACCUUUUGCUGAGGGACGAAGAUGCCAUUGGCGCCACUGAGGUGGAAAGUGACUCCCUGCAGGAAACCAGUCAUAGCCUUGACCAGCGCUGGAGGACCAUCUGUGCCAUGGCUCUAGACAGGCGACUCAGAAUUGAGGAAACAUGGAGACAGUGGUGCAAGUUUCUAAAGGAUUAUUCACACUUUGAGGAUUGGCUCAAGGUGGCUGAGAAGACUGCUGCCAACCCUAACUCAGGAGAUGUUCUUUACGCAGUCGCCAAGGAGGAACUGAAGAAGUUUGAGACUUUUCAAAGGCAGGUACAUGAGCGGCUGACCCAGUUAGAACUCGUCAACAACCAGUACCGCCGUCUUGCCAGGGAGAACCGUACGGACCGCGCCAACCAGCUCAAAGUAAUGGUCCACGAGGGAAACCGGCGCUGGGACGUCCUCCACCGAAGGGUGGCCGCUAUCCUCCGCAGGCUCAAGCAUUUUACCAGUCAGAGAGAAGAAUUUGAAGGCACUCGGGAGAGCAUGUUGGUGUGGCUGACAGAACUGGACCUACAGCUUACCAACGUUGAACACUUUUCUGAGAGUGACGUCCAUCAUAAGAUAAAACAGCUUAGUAGUUUCCAGAAGGAGAUCAUCCUCAACACAGAGCGGAUCGACGGACUGAUCGUGUUUGGGGAAAGUCUCAUCCAGAGGAGUUCACCUCAGGAUGCUGCGCUGAUAGAGGAAGAGCUGGAGGAGCUUCACUCUUACUGUCAGGAGGUUUUCAGCCGACUGGUUCGCUUCCAUCAACGUCUCAGCCAACCCCCGAUGAUCACAGAAGAACCAGAGUUCUCUGGCACCUCCAUUUCGUUGGAGUCAAGUUUGGAACUGAUUGGACGACCUUGGCUAGGGCGGAGCCAAGGAAGCCUCCCAACCACACCCUCACACCUGCUGGCCCUUCCGAUGGAGCAUUCGGGGCGAGAGACACCUGUGAGCGUGGACUCGCUGCCGUUAGAGUGGGACCACACCGGGGAUGUAGGAGGGUCAUCGUCCCAUGAGGAUGAUGAGGAUGACGAAGGACACGACGAAGAGGGAAUUUACUUCAGUGCAUUGUCAGAAUCAGAGAGGUCAAAGGCUGCUUAUGAGUCUCCAAGAUGGCGAUCACCAGGAGAUGAAGAAACAGCUGUAUGCGACAUUGAGGCUCCACCCACCCUCACCAGCACCCCUGUAAAGCAGGGCUAUUUGCAUCAAAUGUCCCAGUGCAGUGACAACAUUGAAGACAUUAAAAGAGUUUCCCUGAUCCUGGAUGAUGAGGAGCAGCCAGAGAUUGGUUUGACCAACUUGGCUGCCUCAGACAAACAGUCAGGUGUGAUUGAACGCUGGGAGCUGCUCCAGGCUCAGUGCAGGAACGAGCAAGACGCUGACCGCCAGGAUCCACAAAAUGUCACAUCUGAAAUUGAUGAUGUUAUUUCCUGGCUAGACAAUAUUCAUCUGGAACUAGACCGCCACCAGCAGUCUCACCGCAGCAACAGGAUUGUUGACAUGGCAACAAGAGCUAAAGAGAUGAAGGAGAUGCAGAAGAUGUUCACACGCUACAAGCCUAUCAUGCUGUCCGUCAACCUGCGUGCUCUGGAAGUCCCAGAGCAGCAGGAGAGGCUCAUUGAUUUAAACCGAGCCUGGAGCCGAGCGUCUACACUUCUUCACCAGUGGGACACCAGUUUGAGAAGGACUCUGAUGCGCUGCCAGGAGUUCCAAGAGAGUCUCCAUUCUCUGCUGCUGUGGUUGGCACACACCGAGAACAGACGCUACGCAGUGGACAUCAGGGAUGCAGAGACACCAGUCCCAAUUCUUAAACAGCACCAUCACUCCCUUACUGCCCUGCUGGAGGAGCUACUGGAAAGGCAGACCCAGCAGGCCUCGCUCCAGACUCUGUGGUGUCAACUCCAACCUGAGGAAGGGGACGAGGGGAGCGACGAGGCCCAGGAGAAGAUCCACGUGACAGGCACCAAACUGAAGUUACUCCUGAAGGACGUAACACAGGACCUGAGCAUCCUGCAACAGCGUCUGCAGGAAUGGGACACCUGCAGAGGUCAAAAUAUCCCUGCAGAUUGUUCUCAGGAGCUCACACAAACAAAGAAAUCUCCAUCCACUACAAGAGAGAAGAACGACUCAUCCCCACCUCGGUCCUUCUUCUGCCGGGUCCUGCGAGCUGCUGUCCCAUUUCAUCUCCUUCUGCUGUUCCUGCUGCUGCUCCCAUGUUUGCUCCCCCAGUCAGAGAGAGACUCGAGCUGCACUGUUGCCAACAACUUUGCCCGAUCUUUUCAUCCCAUGUUACACUACACAAAUGGACCCCCACCCACCUGAUUAAGAGAUGUGCAGGGGGGGGGGGGGGGGGGGAGUAGACUAUUGACACGUUCUAGAGUGAACUAACUUAACCCACCUUUUUCUAACACUGACACCUGUAAUUUAAAUGACAUCAUAGUGAUGAAGUCAUACAUUUACAAAAAAAAAAAAAAAAAAACAUCCAAAGUCUACAAAUAUUAUUUUUAUGUAUUUAUUCUACAAAGACCCAUGAAUGAAACGCAUCCUCAUACACAACAAGGGCCAACGGAUUGUGGCAUCUGCCAUGUUUUCAGAAACUGAAAAAAAAAAAAAAAAAAAAAACUCAAUUUUCGACACCCUGGGCUGAGUACAGAGAAGUCAGGCAAGUGAACCACUACACCCUGACUACUGGAAACAAAAUAUUGACUUGAAUCAUUUUUCAAUUAUAUUUAAGAUGCAGAGGUGUGGCUCGAUACAUUUGUCCAUAUAGUAUAUAGUCACCAACAUCAUUUAUGUCAAAAAAGUAGUUCAUCAGGUUGUAAUUGUAUUUUUAAAAUACUAAACAUUUCAUUCUCUCUACUCAAGAAAAAAAACACUCAAGAUUUCGCACAUUUUUUAAUGUACAGAAAUACAAACCCAAUUCCAAUGAAGUUGAGAUGUUGUCCAUCUAUCCAUUUUCAACACCGCUUAUCCUGGUUAGGGUCGCGGAGCGCUGGAGCCUAUCCCAGCUGACUUUGGGCAAAAGGCGGACUACACCCGGAACUGGUCGCCACUCAGUUGCAGGGCACGUUGAGAUGUUGUCUUUAAAUUUAAAUAAAAACAGAAUACAAUGAUUUGCAAAUCAUGUUCAACCUAUAUUUAAUUGAAUACAAUACAAAGACAAGAUAUGUAAUGUUCAAACUGAUAAACAUCAUUCUUUUUAGCAAAUAAUCAUUCACUUAGAAUUUUAUGGCUGCAACACGUUCCAAAAAAGCUGAGACAGGGUCAUGUUUACCACUGUGUUACAUCACCUUUUCUUUUAACAACAUUCAAUAAACGUUUGGGAACUGACGACACUAAUUGUUGAAGCUUUGUAGGUGGAAUUCUUUCCCAUUCUUGCUUGAUGUACAGCUUCAGCUGUUCAACAGUCCGGGGUCUCCGUUGUUGUAUUUUACGCUUCAUAAUGCGCCACACAUUUUCAAUGGGAGACAGGUCUGGACUGCAGGCAGGCCAAUCUCGUACCCUCACUCUUUUACUACGAAGCCACGCUGUUGUAACACGUGCAGAAUGCAUUCAUGGAAAAGACGUUGCUUGGAUGGCAGCAUAUGUUUCUCCCAAACCUGUAUGUACCUUUCAGCAUUAAUGGUGCCUUCACAGAUGUGCAAGUUACCCAUGCCAUUGGCACUAACACAGCCCCAUACCAUCACAGAUGAUGGCUUUUUAACUUUGCAGACCACAGAACACUUUGCAUCAGUCCAUCUUAGAUGAGCUCGGGCCCAGAGAAGCCGGCGGCGUUUCUGGGUGUUGUUGGUAAAUGGCUUUGCAUAGUAGAGUUUCAAGUUGCACUUGCGGAUGUGGCGCCGAACUGUAUUUACUGACAUUGGUUUCCUGACGUGUUCCUGAGCCCAUGUGGUGAUAUCCUUUACACAUUGAUGUCGGUUUUUGAUGCAGUGCCGCCUGAGGGAUCGAAGGUCACGGGCAUUCAAUGUUGGUUUUCGGCCUUGCCGCUGACAUGCAGUAAUUUCUCCAGAUUCUCUGAACCUUUUGAUGAUAUUAUGGACCGUAGAUGAUGAAAUCCCUAAAUUCCUUGCAAUUGUACGUUGACGAACAUUGUCCUUAAACUGUUCGACUAUUUUCCCACGCAGUUGUUCACAAAGAGGUGAACCUCGCCCCAUCUUUGCUUGCGAAUGACUGAGCAAUUCAGGGAAGCUCCUUUUCUACCCAAUCAUGGCACCCACCUGUUCCCAAUUAGCCUGUACACCUGUGGGAUGUUCUAAACAGAUGUUUGAUUAGCAUUCCUAAACUUUCUCCGUCUUUUUGCCACCUGUCCCAGCUUUUUUGGAACAUGUUGCAGCCAUAUAAUUCUAAAUUAAUGAUUAUUUGCUUAAAGUAAUAAACUUUAUCAGUUUGAACAUUAAAUAUAUUGUCUUUGUAGUGUAUUCAAUUAAAUAUAGGUUGAACAUGAUUUGCAAAUCAUGGCAUUCUGUUUGUAUUUAUGUUCAACACAACGUCCCAGCUUCAUUGGAAUUGGGGUUGUAAUAUAAUAAUUUAUAACCACUACUGAUGGAUCUUGGUCUUGCAUUUCUAAUAAUCACUCUAUUAGCUAUGUCUAUAUUUUUGGUAUAUUAAAGAGCUUUACGUUUUGGA